GAAACAACACAUCAAUGAAUAAUCCUGCUCAUUCAGCAACAAUUCAGUGAUUUAAAACAUAGAUGCUACUGUAAAUAUGACUUUUUUAAUUAAGUUUUAGACAUAGAAUGCUUGCUUAGAGACUCGCGAGUGUCAUGACAGUCAGUUUCUUGCAUUGCCAAUAAAUCUGUGAUGGUUAAAUAUUGACAUAAUGACGACGAUGGCAAAUCCAUGUAACAUUUCUGCUGACCUGGAAAAGUACAUUGUGAAGGAGGCUCCUCCAACUAUUUAUUAUGUUCCAAAUUGUAUAACGGAGGCUGAGGAGGAGUAUCUGUUGCAGCAGGUAUACAGAGCUCCCAAGCCCAAGUGGACACAGUUGUCAGGGAGGAGGCUACAGAACUGGGGUGGAUUGCCAAAUCCCAAAGGAAUGCUUGCUGAGAAACUCCCUGAUUGGCUUCUAAAGUACACAGAGAAAAUAUCGGCUCUUGGAGCUUUUGCUGGAAAGAUAGCUAAUCAUGUGCUUGUAAAUGAAUACAAGCCUGGGGAGGGAAUUAUGCCUUCGUUCCCCCUUUCUCAGCCUCAUGAGGAUGGACCACAGUAUCACCCCACAGUAACAACUAUCAGUCUGGGUUCUCAUACACUUCUGGAUUUCUACAAGCCUGUUUGUCAGACUCAGUCUGAAAUUCCUCAAACAGAAGAAAGACGCUACAUGCUAUCACUGUUCGUACAACGGAGAAGUCUGCUGAUUCUCCAGGAUGACAUGUACAAGCUUUAUCUGCAUGGUAUUCAGGGAGUUUGUGAGGAUAUUUUGUCAGAGCAUGUGGUGAAUCUCUCAUCAACAGGGGCUCAGGUGGGGGACACGCUGCCCCGUAGCACCAGAGUCUCUCUUACCAUUCGCAACGUUCCCAAAGUCAUCCGUGCCAAUUUGUUGCUUGGCAAGAAGUAACACAUUCAGAGACUUGCCUGAACUUUGAACCAGACAAACAGGUUAUACAUGUUUACACCCUCAAAGCAAAGUGUGAAGAUGCAAUACACAAAAUGUCUACAAUGUAUUAUUGUACAUGCAGAGCAUUAGUGUCUGUAAGAAUAUCUUACUAUAGAUACCUUACUGGUUGGCAUGUAUGUGACAGCCUUUGAAAUAUUUGUCCUCUCUAAGCUGAAAGGUCUACAGGGUUGUCUAAUCUUGUACAAACAGAUCUACAUUGACCAUUUUUAGCGAAAAGAUAAUAAAUGUGUGU